GUGGCGCGUGGGUCCCAGGGAGACGAAAAGCACGUGUGCCCGCCAAUCCCACGCUCGCACUCACCACAUACGAACGGAUCCUAUCUUUCUCUCUCUCACCCUCUCUUUCGGGUUUGAUCUUUGAAGAAUGAGCAUGACCGGUUCUUCAGCUUACUGUGUGGUACACGCCUUCCCUCCCUUCUUCCGCCUCUCCAACAAAACUAUGUUCCUUCUCUCCACGCCGCCAACCACAUUCUUACCUACGCCUACAACUCCUAGGGUUCCGCUUCUCUCUUCAACCGCUUCCUCCUCCUCCACCUCCUCCUCUUCAUCCUCCUCCAUCUCUCUGCGAUCUUCCACUGCGCCCUCGCCUUCCUGCUCCUCCGUCACUCCUCAAGACAACUCUCUCGUUUCCGCCAAACAUUCUCACCCUAACAUGUCCGCCUCCGUCUCUUCCCGGACCUUUCUCAACGCUCGGAGCGAACAAGACGUUUUUGCCGGAAUCAAGAAAGAAGUAGAAGCUGGAUCUCUGCCUGCCAAUGUUGCUGCAGGAAUGCAAGAAGUGUACAAUAACUAUAAAAAUGCAGUUAUCCAAAGUGGAGAUCCCAAGGCAAAUGAGAUUGUACUGUCAAAUAUGAUUGCUUUAUUAGAUCGAGUAUUUUUGGAUGUGACGGAUCCUUUUGUUUUUCAACCACACCACAAGGCAAAGAGAGAGCCUUUUGACUAUUACGUGUUUGGGCAGAAUUACAUCCGUCCUUUAGUUGAUUUCAAAAAUUCUUAUGUCGGCAACAUGCCCCUUUUCAUUGAAAUGGAAGAGAAACUUAAGCAGGGGCACAACAUCAUCUUGAUGUCAAAUCAUCAAACUGAAGCUGAUCCGGCCGUCAUUGCAUUGCUUCUUGAAGCACGACUCCCAUAUAUAGCUGAAAACCUGACCUAUGUUGCAGGAGAUAGAGUUAUAACUGAUCCUCUGUCCAAACCAUUCAGUAUUGGCAGGAAUCUCAUUUGUGUUUACUCUAAAAAGCACAUGCUUGAUGAUCCAGCACUUGUAGAGAUGAAAAGAACUGCAAACAUACGAGCUCUGAAGGAAAUGGCUAUGCUUUUAAGGAAUGGUUCACAGAUAGUCUGGAUUGCCCCUUGUGGUGGUAGGGAUCGCCCAGAAGCCCAAACCAGAGAAUGGGUGCCGGCACCCUUUGAUAUUUCUUCGGUAGAUAAUAUGCGAAGACUUGUUGAACAUUCAGGUCCACCAGGUCAUGUAUAUCCUUUGGCAAUAUUAUGCCAUGAUAUAAUGCCACCUCCACUGAAGGUCGAGAAAGAAAUUGGGGAGAAAAGAAUUAUAUCCUUUCAUGGGGCUGGCAUAUCAGUGGCUCCAGCGAUAAGCUUUUCUCAAGCCACUGCUACUUGUGAAAAUCCUGAAAAGGCUAAGGACGUUUUCACAAAAGCCCUGUACGAUUCUGUGACUGAGCAAUAUAAUGUGCUGAAAUCUGCUAUACAUGGAAAAAAAGGAUUUGAAGCAUCAACUCCUGUAGUUUCUUUGUCACAGCCAUGGAAGUAGUUGAAAUCUGCAUCUUUUUCGUUACACUGAUGCAGGCUCCAACUGCUUUGUUCCCUUUCAGAAGCAAGUUGCAAGACUUCAGGCAAACAAAUUCGACUGAUUCCUUUGUGAGGGACUGCCUAAUCACUACACCGAAUGAUUUAGCUUGAUUGAAGAGUGCAGUCAAAUACAUAUUUUUUGUCAUUUUCCCUUUGCUCUUGCCGUUGUCAGCGUUCAAUUAAUCUGGAAUCUGUUUCAGAAGGUUCAAACUCAGCUGGUUACUGUACAGGUCUCUCUUAGUUCGGUGUUAGAUCCGGUUCAUUGGCUGAUAAAAUACUAUAUUUAUCUGCAGUUUUGUGAUCAGGUUAGUUAGCUGAAUAGAUAAAAAUCUAAUUACUACUAUUUGUAUUUUUAAUGAUGUGAACUUUUUCAAUAAUAGAGGAAUAGAUGUUAAUAUUACAUGUUCAGAAUAGAAUUGUUCAGAUGGAAUCAUUACAUGUUCAGAAUGGAAUUGAUCCAAUGCUACUUCAUGUUGGCGACAUAAAAGUUCUACAGUUACCGUUA